CUGUUCCCCCAUCACGCCCUGGGCAGCAACGCUAUGGCUGCUCCAGCUGUGACGACUCUGGCCCUCGCGGGGCCCAACGCCCGAAAUCCGGGAGAUUGGCCGUGCCAGUUCUGCAAAAAGGUGCAGUUUUCCCGUGAUAUCAGCUGCAAAGAUUGCGGGGCCCGCAGGCCCAUCUCAGGCACCUAUGGCACCCCCUUGCCUGCGGCCGAAGAAAAUCCGCUGCAAUCCCCGACAGGACAGCCUGGGGAUUGGACCUGUCCCAAGUGCAAGUCCACGAACUUCGCGCGGAAUCCAGUCUGUGGCAGGUGCAACUGUCCGAAACCUGAGACGGUGGAGGAGUACAAUCUUUUGGCCAUGGCGGCAGUUGGAUGUUUGCCAGGUCAACAUGGUAGCGCCAAGGGCUAUGUGCCACCAACAGCUCAACUUAAGAGUGAUGCUUCAUCACCUUGGGCGAGGCAAUGGUGCGCUGGGCCUGUGAAUGGUGCCAUGGAAGCAGUUGGAGUUUCAUUUUUCGAUGAAUCAUCGAAAGAUGCUGGGAAAAUAUGA